AAGUAUAAAUAGACAUUAGCGUAAGAACACGCUCGCGUUCUAAAUUCAAAAUCGUCCGGCGCCCGCGCAGCCCGGACUGAAGCCGAAUUGUGUUCGAAAUUCGAAUGUAGCAUUUGAAUUUCGAUUUAUUUACCGACCCCGACUGGAAAGGCCACCAGGGGGAUUUACGUAGAGUAAAAAGUUUCUGGAAUUUUCCACGGAUUUUGGACCGAAUCUUUGUGUUUUGUGUUUAUGUGAAAAUGUGUGAUAUGUGUAUUCAGCGCUGAUAAGAAGAUACACGGAUUUAUUAUUUGUGACGCAAGUGCUAUGCAUUUCAAGACGAAUGGUGAUGAAGAAGUAAACUGAUAGUUGAAGGUGACAAGAAUCCAAGAUGGCGGAAGCGGAGGGCGGAGCGAGCGAGCAGGAUGAUGUUUCAUUCUUGCGUACGGAAGACAUGGUAUGCCUAUCAUGCACGGCGACCGGCGAGCGCGUAUGCCUAGCGGCUGAAGGCUUCGGCAACCGACACUGCUUCCUCGAGAACAUCGCUGAUAAGAACAUACCACCAGACUUAUCACAAUGCGUCUUUGUUAUUGAACAGGCGUUGUCAGUGAGAGCUCUACAGGAGUUAGUCACGGCAGCCGGCUCAGAGACACGACGUCAACGUCAGUUUGUGGUAACUGGAAGGUUCCCGGCUGAAUCCGAGGGUGAGAAAGUGCGUGUUGGUGACGAUCUGAUUCUUGUAUCAGUCGCUACUGAACGAUACUUGCAUACUACGAAAGAAAACGAAGUCUCAAUUGUGAAUGCCUCAUUCCACGUUACACAUUGGUCCGUGCAGCCUUAUGGCACUGGCAUAUCGAGGAUGAAGUACGUGGGCUACGUGUUCGGAGGCGAUGUGCUAAGAUUCUUCCACGGAGGUGACGAAUGUCUCACUAUACCUAGUACUUGGACCAAAGAAGGGGGGCAAAAUAUUGUGGUCUACGAGGGCGGUUCUGUGAUGUCCCAAGCGCGCUCUCUGUGGCGUUUGGAACUGGCACGAACCAAGUGGGCAGGUGGCUUUAUCAACUGGUACCACCCUAUGCGCAUUCGACAUAUCACGACUGGUCGUUACUUGGGUGUUAACGACCAGAAUGAGCUGUAUUUGGUCAGCAGAGAGAACGCAACAACAGCUUCCUGCGCUUUCUGUCUCCGUCAAGAAAAGGACGAUCAAAAAGUGGUCCUCGAAGACAAAGACCUGGAAGUGAUCGGCGCGCCUAUCAUCAAGUACGGUGACUCCACUGUCAUUGUGCAGCAUUCCGAGACUGGGUUAUGGUUGUCUUAUAAGUCAUACGAGACAAAAAAGAAAGGCGUAGGCAAAGUGGAGGAGAAGCAAGCGAUCCUCCACGAAGAAGGCAAGAUGGACGACGGGCUGGACUUCUCCAGGUCUCAAGAAGAGGAGUCCAGGACUGCCAGGGUCAUUAGGAAGUGUUCUUCGUUGUUCACCAAGUUUAUCAAUGGCCUGGAAACACUGCAAGAAAACCGUCGACACUCAAUGUUUUUCGCGUCCGUCAACUUAAGCGAAAUGGUGAUGUGUCUUGAGGAUCUCAUCAACUACUUUGCACAGCCUGAUGAAGACAUGGAGCACGAAGAAAAACAAAACAAAUUCCGAGCUCUUCGCAACCGCCAAGAUCUUUUCCAAGAGGAAGGUAUUCUAAAUCUGAUUCUAGAAGCCAUAGACAAGAUCAACGUGAUUACGUCACAGGGCUUCUUAGCUGGUUUUCUGGCGGGAGACGAAUCGGGACAAAGUUGGGAUAUGAUAUCUGGUUACCUUUAUCAGCUUUUGGCGGCCAUAAUCAAAGGCAACCACACGAACUGCGCCCAAUUUGCUAACUCCAAUCGUCUAAACUGGCUGUUUUCAAGACUCGGUUCCCAAGCGUCGGGGGAAGGCACGGGAAUGCUGGACGUGUUACAUUGCGUGCUCAUCGACUCGCCUGAAGCUUUGAAUAUGAUGAGAGAUGAACACAUAAAAGUAAUAAUAUCUCUACUAGAGAAGCAUGGCCGCGACCCGAAAGUCUUAGACGUUCUCUGCUCAUUGUGCGUGGGUAAUGGCGUCGCCGUGCGAUCCUCGCAGAACAACAUUUGUGAUUAUUUGCUGCCAGGAAAGAAUUUGUUACUGCAAACACAAUUGGUAGACCACGUUUCCAGCGUUCGCCCAAAUAUCUUCGUUGGCCGAGUGGAAGGCUCGGCAGUGUACCAGAAAUGGUACUUUGAGGUGACCAUGGACCAUAUUGAGAAGACUACACAUAUGAUGCCUCAUUUACGUAUUGGAUGGGCCAAUACAGCUGGGUACGUGCCGUAUCCUGGUGGUGGCGAGAAAUGGGGUGGCAACGGCGUUGGCGACGACUUGUAUUCCUUCGGUUUCGACGGCGCCUAUCUCUGGUCGGGAGGGCGCAAGACUCCGGUUAAUAGAAGUAAUCCGGAGGAACCUUUUAUCCGGAAAGGUGACGUAAUCGGCUGCGCGUUGGACUUGACCGUGCCAAUAAUCAACUUUAUGUUCAACGGCGUAAGGGUCACUGGAUCGUUCACGAAUUUCAAUCUAGAAGGCAUGUUUUUCCCCGCAAUCAGCUGCUCUAGCAAGUUGAGUUGUCGAUUUCUCCUUGGCGGCGAACAUGGCCGGCUGCGCUACGCAGCUCCCGAAGGAUAUUCUCCACUUGUUGAAUCUUUAUUACCCCAGCAAGUCCUCAGCCUGGAGCCUUGUUUUUACUUCGGCAACUUGUCCAAACGUGCUUUGGCUGGACCUCCUUUGGUGCAAGACGACACUGCAUUCGUGCCCACACCUGUUGACACUAUGCAGAUAACUCUACCAACUUACGUAGAACAAAUUAGAGAUAAACUCGCCGAGAACAUCCACGAAAUGUGGGCAAUGAACAAGAUCGAAGCCGGUUGGAUGUACGGCGAACAAAGAGAGGAUCUUCAUAAAAUACACCCUUGCCUCGUGCCGUUCGAGCGACUGCCACCUGCGGAGAAAAGAUACGACAUUCAGCUCGCUGUGCAAACACUCAAGACUAUUCUCGCUUUGGGAUACUACAUAAGCCUGGACAAGCCGCCGGCACGUAUUCGCAACGUUCGUUUGCCUAACGAGCCUUUCAUGCAGUCGAACGGCUAUAAACCAGCUCCGCUAGACCUGAGUGCUGUCACCCUAACACCGAAAAUGGAUGAGCUUGUAGACCAGUUAGCAGAGAACACUCACAAUCUCUGGGCCCGAGAGAGAAUACAGCAGAGUUGGACCUACGGACUCAAUGAGGACCCGGAAAUGCAUCGUUCUCCUCACCUAGUGCCGUAUCCAAAAGUUGAUGAUGCAAUAAAAAAGGCAAACCGAGACACGGCUUCGGAGACCGUCCGGACCCUUCUUGUUUACGGUUACAAUUUGGAUCCGCCAACCGGGGAACAACAUGAAGCUCUUUUAUUGGAAGCGUCUAAACUGAAGCAAGCGGACUUUAGAACUUAUAGGGCGGAGAAGAACUACGCUGUCAGCUCCGGAAAGUGGUACUUCGAAUUUGAGAUUCUCACCGCUGGACCCAUGAGGGUUGGUUGGGCGCACGCAGAUAUGGCCCCCGGUAUGAUGUUGGGCCAAGAUGAGAAUUCUUGGGCAUUUGAUGGUUACAACUGUCUAAAAUGGCACGCGGCGUCGAGCGAUUCUUUCGGUAUGCAGUUUAAAGUUGGCGACAUUGUCGGCUGCUUCCUAGACGUGCAAGACCAGACUAUUAGUUUCUCUCUAAAUGGAGAAUUGCUGAUGGAUGCUUUGGGUGGUGAAACAACUUUCGCUGAAGUGCAAGGUGACAACUUUGUGCCUGCCUGUACUCUUGGCGUCGGACAAAAGGCGAGGUUAACCUACGGUCAAGAUGUAAACACGCUCAAAUACUUCACGACUUGUGGUCUUCAAGAAGGCUAUGAACCUUUCUGCGUAAAUAUGAAGAGAGACGUAACCCACUGGUAUACCAAGGAUCAACCGAUAUUCGAGAACACAGACGAGAUGGCCGACACGAGGAUCGAUGUCACCAGAAUACCUGCUGGAUCUGAAACACCGCCCUGCAUGAAGAUAUCGCAUAACACAUUCGAGACAAUGGAGAAGGCAAACUGGGAGUUCCUUAGAUUAUCUCUGCCUGUCAUUUGUUACGCUGAGUUUAUUGAUGAACAAGAAAAAGCCCGUCGUUGGGUGGAGAUCAAAGAAAGGCAAGCUAUUCUGAUGAAGGAAGCCGUGGAAGCUCAAAUGCCAGCCCACAUCGACCAAAUCAUGAGAAGUGGAUUCACUAUUAGUGACAUUAAAGGUCUCCACUACGAAGAAAACCAGGAAGACGUGGCAACUACUUCCAAAUUGAAGAGGCAGCCUUCUAGACCCCCGCGCAAGGGGUCCAUGACCAGGGGGGUUACGAUACAGAAUUAUAAUUUGCAACCAGGUCAAGUGAACGGGAUGCAUCGGUCUACCAGCGAAGCAGAGAUGGCUAAGUACGAGUCGGGGGCUCAAAGCGUUACAUCGGACGAUAAAAAAGAAAAGAGAGGACGAUCGCCUUUUAAGUUCUUCAAAAGUCGUCGUGGUGAGAGUGGAGACCGCUCGAAAUCGCGCAAGUCGAAGACACCAGACCCGUUCAGCGACAUUGAGACCUCGCCCGAAAGGGGCACUGUUCGACGACCCAACCCACAGAUAAGAGUGUCCCAGACUAACCUAGCAGUACCGACUACCAUGACAACUCCGCAGCAAGAACGGAAACAAAUGACGACCAGCACCUUGUCUGCAUCCGCCACGGAAACUGUCGGCAAUGAGAUUUUUGACGCAGAAUGCCUGAAGCUCAUUAAUGAAUACUUCUACGGUGUCAGAAUCUUCCCCGGUCAAGACCCGACACAUGUGUAUAUAGGCUGGGUGACGACGCAGUACCACCUGCACUCAAAGGACUUCAACCAGAACAAAGUGAUGAAGUCGUCGGUUAUUAUUACUGAUGACUACGAUCGUGUUAUUGAGAGUGUAAACCGCCAGUCAUGCUACAUGGUACGCGCAGACGAAUUAUACAAUGAAGUGAUGGCCGAGGCAACGGCGAAAGGAGCCUCUCAGGGCAUGUUUAUUGGAUGCUCUGUCGAUACUUCUACGGGCACUGUCUCCUUUACUUGCGAGGGAAAGGACACUAGCAUUAAGUUUAAGAUGGAACCGGAAACAAAAUUAUUCCCCGCAAUCUUCGUGGAAGCAACUUCUAAAGAAAUCCUGCAGAUCGAACUAGGCCGUUCGGCGACCAGUCUACCUUUGAGCGCCGCAGUGCUUCCGACUAGCGACAAACAUGUGAUACCACAGUUCCCGCCUAGAUUAAAAAUCCAAUGCUUGAAACCGCAUCAAUGGGCUCGAGUGCCAAAUCUGUCGCUUCAAGUGCACGCUCUGAAAUUGUCCGACAUCCGCGGUUGGUCCAUGUUGUGUGAAGACGCCAUCUCCAUGCUAGCUUUGCAUAUACCGGAGGAAGACCGUUGCAUAGACAUUUUGGAGUUGAUAGAAAUGGACAAACUUCUGAGUUUCCAUUCUCACACGCUCACUUUGUAUGCGGCGUUGUGCUACCAGAGUAACUACAGGGCUGCCCAUGCACUAUGCCAACACGUAGACCAGAAACAACUUCUUUACGCGAUCCAAUCGCAGUACAUGUCGGGCCCUCUGCGGCAGGGCUUUUACGAUCUACUCAUAGCCUUGCAUCUAGAGUCUCAUGCCACUACAAUGGAAGUCUGUAAGAAUGAGUUCGUGAUACCUCUGGGGCCAGAGCUGAAAGCAUUAUACGAAGAUCCUGAGAUGUGCCACAGCCUGCGAUCAUUACAGACCGAGAGUGUUCGCCCGCAAAUGAAGAUGACGGACAUCGCUGACAGCAUAUCAGAAAUCAGCAAUCUGUAUUCUCCGUACUUCCCCCUGGAGGUAGUUCGGGAAUUCGUAAUGCAAGCGCUUGCAGAAGCCGUUGAGACUAACCAGGUGCACAACAGGGAUCCUGUGGGUGGUAGCAAUGAGAACCUUUUCCUACCUCUCAUCAAGUUGGUAGACAGGUUGCUGUUGGUCGGCAUGAUGAGGGACGAAGACGUGGAGAAGCUACUGAUCAUGGUCAACCCUGAGACCUGGGAUCCUACUUUCGAUAAAGAAGGCAAAGACGAGCACCGCAAAGGUCUCUUACACAUGAAGAUGGCAGAAGGCGCGAAGUUGCAAAUGUGUUAUUUGCUUCAACAUCUAAACGAUAUGCAGUUGCGACAUCGAGUGGAGUCUAUUAUUGCUUUUGCGCAUGACUUCGUUGGUGACUUGCAAGUUGAUCAAUUGAGGCGUUAUGUUGAAAUCAAGGCAUCGGACUUACCCAGCGCUGUCGCCGCCAAGAAGACGAGAGAGUAUCGUUGCCCUCCCAGAGAACAAAUGAAUGCCAUAUUGAAUUUCAAGCACCUAGAAGAAGAUGAUAAAGAGAACGUACCUUGCGGUGAAGACCUGAUCGCUCGCAUGAAUGAGUUCCACGAAAGUUUAAUGUCACACGUGUCGUUAAGUGCUCUUCAGGAGCCCGAAAGCGAGGAAGCGGCCGAGCCCGAAACUAAAGCAGGCGCUAUUGGUAAACUGUACAACAUUAUCAAUACCGUCAAAGAGUUAGAAGAAGAGCCAAAGGCAAUUGAAGAACCACCAAAGAAGACACCUGAAGAGAAAUUCCGUAAAGUACUGAUCCAGACCAUCGUUAGCUGGGCAGAGGAAUCGCAGAUUGAAACACCCAAGUUGGUUCGAGAGAUGUUUAGCCUUCUAGUCCGGCAAUACGACGCAGUUGGCGAACUCGUCCGUGCACUAGAAAAGACAUACGUCAUCAACGCGAAGACCAAGCUGGACGUGGCCGAGAUGUGGGUUGGAUUAAGCCAGAUAAGAGCGUUAUUACCCGUGCAGAUGAGCCAGGAAGAAGAAGAACUUAUGAGAAAGAGGCUUUGGAAACUCGUGAACAAUCACACUUUCUUCCAACAUCCAGAUUUAAUAAGAGUACUCCGCGUGCACGAGAACGUGAUGGCGGUCAUGAUGAAUACUUUGGGUCGUCGCGCGCAGGCGCAGUCCGACGCGCAGCCCUCAGGCCAACCCGCUGAGGAGGGCGGCAAGGAAAAAGAUACCUCCCACGAAAUGGUGGUAGCCUGCUGCCGGUUCCUGUGCUACUUCUGCCGCACUGGUCGUCAGAACCAAAAAGCCAUGUUCGACCACUUCGACUUCCUGUUGGAGAACUCCAAUAUCCUGCUGUCCAGACCUUCGCUAAGAGGAUCCACGCCUCUCGACGUUGCUUACUCGAGUUUGAUGGAGAAUACCGAGCUUGCUUUGGCGUUGAGAGAACACUACCUUGAAAAGAUAGCAGUAUACCUGUCACGUUGUGGUCUUCAGAGCAACUCUGAGCUCGUGGAGAAGGGAUACCCUGAUCUUGGUUGGGACCCAGUUGAGGGUGAACGUUAUUUGGACUUCUUACGAUUCUGCGUUUGGGUGAACGGCGAAAGCGUAGAAGAAAACGCGAAUCUUGUGAUUCGUCUGCUUAUUCGUCGACCUGAAUGCUUGGGACCUGCAUUACGUGGUGAAGGAGAAGGUCUCUUGAAGGCUAUAGUGGAUGCUAAUAAAAUGUCUGAACGUAUUGCGGAUAGGCGUAAGCUGAGAGAUCUGGAGCAGGAAGGAGAUGUUAAUUUCAGCCAUCCUCUUCCUGAAUCUGAUGACGACGAAGACUAUAUCGAUACUGGAGCGGCCAUCCUCAACUUCUAUUGUACCCUAGUCGACCUGUUGGGACGAUGUGCUCCCGACGCUGCUGUCAUUGCAUUGGGCAAAAAUGAGUCCCUAAGAGCCCGUGCUAUCCUUCGUUCUCUGGUGCCCUUGGAGGACUUGCAAGGAGUACUCAGUCUUCGAUUUACCCUUAACAACCCAGCCGCUGGAGAGGAGAGGCCGAAAUCAGACAUGCCAUCCGGCCUUAUACCUGGCCACAAACAGAGCGUUGGGUUAUUCUUGGAACGAGUCUACGGAAUCGAAACGCAAGAGCUGUUCUACAAAUUGUUGGAAGAGGCAUUCUUGCCUGAUUUAAGGGCCGCGACUAUGCUGGACAGGAACGACGGGUGCGAAUCGGAUAUGGCGCUGUCGAUGAACCGAUACAUCGGCAACUCGAUCCUGCCGCUUCUCAUCAAGCACGCCAACUUCUACAACGAGGCUGAGAACUACGCCAGUCUCUUGGACGCUACUUUGCACACGGUUUAUAGAUUAUCAAAGAACCGCAUGUUAACCAAAGGCCAACGCGAAGCAGUGUCCGACUUCCUGGUCGCGUUGACAUCAGCGAUGCAACCGUCCAUGUUGCUGAAGUUGCUAAGGAAACUCACCGUAGACGUGUCUCGUCUUUCGGAGUAUACUACUGUCGCCCUUAGGCUCCUAACGCUCCAUUACGAGCGCUGUGCAAAAUAUUACGGCAGCAGCGGUGCCGGCCAAGGCGGCUCCUCCGAUGAAGAGAAACGCCUCACCAUGAUGCUGUUUUCAAAUAUCUUUGACUCCCUCUCCAAGAUGGAUUAUGAGCCUGAAUUGUUCGGCAAAGCGUUGCCCUGUUUGAUUGCUAUUGGUUGUGCUUUGCCACCGGACUAUUCGCUUUCCAAGAACUACGACGAUGAGUUCUACGGAAAAGAAUCGCAGUCUACAGGUGGUCCAGAUAACCCCCAGUACGAUCCUCAACCUAUCAACACGUCUUCUGUAGCACUGAACAACGACCUCAACACCAUUGUUCAGAAAUUCUCUGAGCAUUACCACGAUGCUUGGGCUUCCAGGAAAAUCGAGAAUGGUUGGGUAUACGGCGAAUCGUCUUCGGACUCUCAGAAGUCACACUCGCGUCUCAAGCCUUACAACAUGCUCAAUGAUUACGAAAAAGAGCGUUAUAAAGAACCAGUACGUGAGUCACUCAAAGCACUUUUGGCUAUUGGAUGGUCAGUGGAACACUCGGAAGUGGACAUACCAAGCACCAAUCGCAGCUCUAUGAGGCGCCAGUCCAAGUCUGGUGGGGCGGACUCGGCAACCCCGUUCAACUACAACCCGCAUCCAGUGGACAUGACGAACUUAACGCUGUCAAGAGAGAUGCAGAAUAUGGCAGAACGAUUGGCUGAGAAUGCGCACGAUAUUUGGGCGAAGAAGAAGAAAGAAGAACUUGUCAUUAACGGAGGUGGCAUUCACCCACAACUGGUACCCUACGAUCUUCUCACCGACAAGGAAAAGAAGAAGGACCGAGAACGUUCGCAAGAGUUUCUCAAAUAUUUGCAAUACCAGGGCUACAAACUUCACAAACCAAGCAAAGCAACGCAAAGCGACACAGAGCAGGCGGCCAUUGGUGCAGCCAUAGAACUACGCUUCGCAUAUUCACUUCUGGAAAAAUUGAUCCAGUACAUAGACAGGGCUACCAUUAAUAUGAAGUUGCUGAAGCCUUCCACGACCUUCAGCAGGCGGUCCAGCUUUAAAACUAGUACGAGGGACAUUAAAUUCUUUUCUAAGGUGGUCCUACCUCUAAUGGAGAAAUACUUCUCAACCCAUCGCAACUACUUCAUCGCCGUUGCCACUGCGACCAACAACAUAGGAGCCGCCAGCUUGAAGGAAAAGGAAAUGGUCGCUGCACUGUUUUGCAAACUCGCCAGUUUAUUAAGAUCUCGUCUAGCAGCGUUCGGUCCAGAUGUACGCAUAACAGUCCGAUGCCUCCAAGUCUUAGUGAAAGGCAUCGACGCGAAAUCGCUUGUCAAGAACUGCCCCGAGUUCAUCCGCACAUCCAUGCUCACAUUCUUCAACAACGUUGCCGAUGAUGUUGGGCAUACUAUACUGAAUUUGCAGGAGGGCAAAUACUCGCAUCUACGAGGCACCCAUCUAAAGACGUCCACGUCUCUGGCAUAUAUCAACGGAGUGGUACUACCAGUUCUCACAGCGCUCUUCGACCAUUUGGCUAACUGCGAGUAUGGAGCUGAUUUACUAUUGGACGAAAUCCAGGUGGCAUCAUACAAGAUGUUAGGUUCACUGUACGCGCUCGGCACUGACGCAACACUCACUCACGAUAGGAAGUAUCUCAAGACUGAGAUUGAAAGACACAAGCCUGCUUUGGGUUCGUGUCUUGGUGCGUUCAGUUCAACAUUCCCGGUGGCGUUUUUGGAGCCUCAUCUUAACAAACACAACCAGUUUUCGCUGCUGAAUCGUAUCGCUGACCACUCUUUAGAAGCUCAGGAUGUAAUGGCCAAAAUGGAACAAAGCAUGCCAACGUUGGAAACGAUAUUGGGUGAAGUUGACCAAUUCGUCGAAUCGGACAAGACGUACAACGAGGCUCCACAUAUUAUCGAUGUGGUGUUGCCAUUGCUGUGCGCUUAUUUGCCGUUCUGGUGGGCACAGGGGCCGGAUAAUGUUACUCCUACAGCUGGAAACCACGUAACAAUGGUAACUGCAGAACAUAUGAACCAACUGCUGAAAAACGUUCUGAAACUGAUUAAGAAAAAUAUAGGCAAUGAAAGCGCUCCUUGGAUGACCCGUAUCGCAACAUACACGCAGCAGAUUAUUAUUAAUAGCUCGGAGGAACUUUUGAGGGACUCCUUCUUGCCAUUGGCUGAGAGGGUCAGGAAGAGGACAGACAAUAUGUUCCAUAAGGAAGAGAGUUUGAGAGGAUUUAUUAAGUCUUCCACUGACGAUACAUCACAAGUGGAGUCUCAAAUCCAAGAAGAUUGGCAGCUGUUGGUGCGCGAUAUCUAUUCCUUCUACCCUCUUCUGAUAAAGUACGUCGACCUUCAAAGGAACCAUUGGCUGAGGAAUAAUAUUCCUGAGGCAGAAGAAUUAUACAACCAUGUGGCAGAAAUAUUCAACAUUUGGUCAAAGAGUCAGUACUUCUUAAAAGAAGAACAAAACUUCAUAUCGGCCAAUGAAAUUGAUAACAUGGUUCUCAUAAUGCCUACUGCCACGCGGCGUGUCACCACUGUUGUUGAUGGCGCGCCACAGGGCCGUGGAAAGAAAAAGAAGAAGCAUCGCGACAAGAAACGUGACAAGGACAAGGAAGUUCAAGCAUCUCUCAUGGUGGCCUGUCUCAAGAGAUUACUACCGGUCGGUCUGAAUCUCUUUGCUGGCAGAGAACAGGAGUUGGUGCAACAUUGUAAAGAUAGGUUCCUCAAGAAAAUGUCAGAGCAGGAUGUAGCGGACUUUGCGAAGACGCAACUGACAUUGCCUGACAAAAUCGACCCAGCUGACGAGAUGUCCUGGCAGCACUACCUUUACAGCAAGUUAGGGCAAAAGAAGACCACAACUGCGGUUGAAACAGCAGAGAACAAAGCAAAAAUCAUAGAUGACACCGUUGAACGAAUUGUUGCCAUGAGCAAAGUAUUAUUUGGAUUGCAUAUGAUCGACCAUCCACAACAAAUGAGUAAGAACGUUUACCGAUCCGUUGUAUCGAUUCAACGUAAAAGAGCAGUUAUUGCCUGCUUCCGACAAACAUCUCUGCAUUCAUUGCCAAGGUUCAUGUUGUUGUGUUAUGUGACGGAACAAGAAAUGGAAAAACAAAAGCUUCUGUUCCACCAAGCCCGUCUUGCCAACCGGGGAGUAGCAGAAAUGGUGCUUCUACACAUAUCUGCGUCGAAAGGUGUACCUAGCGAAAUGGUCAUGAAAACACUAGAAUUGGGCAUAUCCAUUCUACGUGGCGGCAACAUCGACAUACAGAUGGGCAUGUUGAACCACUUAAAGGACAAAAAAGACGUUGGUUUCUUCACUUCGAUCGCUGGUCUCAUGAACUCCUGCUCUGUACUAGAUUUGGAUGCAUUUGAAAGGAAUACUAAGGCUGAAGGACUCGGCGUAGGUCUAGAAGGAGCUGCGGGCGAGAAGAAUAUGCACGACGCAGAAUUUACGUGUGCCCUUUUCCGCUUCAUACAACUGACUUGUGAAGGCCACAACUUAGAAUGGCAGAACUACCUCAGAACUCAGGCGGGUAACACGACAACUGUGAACGUGGUCAUCUGCACUGUGGACUACCUGCUUCGACUCCAGGAAUCCAUUAUGGACUUCUACUGGCAUUAUUCUAGCAAGGAACUCAUCGACCCAGCAGGCAAAGCAAACUUCUUCAAGGCCAUCGGAGUGGCAUCCCAGGUGUUCAAUACCCUCACUGAGGUCAUUCAGGGUCCUUGUACACAGAAUCAACAAGCUCUGGCGCAUUCCAGAUUGUGGGACGCGGUUGGCGGUUUCCUCUUCUUAUUUUCGCACAUGCAAGACAAGUUGUCGAAACAUUCUUCUCAAGUCGAUUUGCUGAAGGAGCUACUCAACCUUCAAAAGGACAUGAUUACUAUGAUGCUUUCUAUGCUUGAAGGAAACGUUGUUAAUGGUACAAUCGGUAAACAGAUGGUAGACACGCUGGUAGAGUCAGCAUCCAACGUGGAAUUAAUCCUGAAAUAUUUCGACAUGUUCCUGAAACUGAAAGACCUGACGUCCAGCCCGAGUUUUCAGGAGAUUGACGCAAACAGCGACGGCUGGGUCACCCCGAAAGACUUUAGAGAUAAAAUGGAACAACAGAAAAGUUAUACUCCGGAAGAAAUAGAGUUUCUUCUUGCGUGCUGUGAAACAAACCACGACGGCAAACUUGACUACAUCGGAUUCUGCGAUCGCUUCCACGAACCAGCCAAAGAAAUUGGUUUCAACUUGGCCGUGUUACUUACCAAUCUGUCUGAACAUAUGCCCAACGAACCUAGGUUGGCUCGUUUCCUGGAGACCGCAGGAUCGGUUCUGAAUUACUUCGAACCGUUCCUUGGUCGCAUCGAGAUCAUGGGAGGCUCGAAACGUAUUGAAAGAGUAUACUUUGAGAUUAAGGAGUCCAAUAUAGAGCAAUGGGAGAAGCCGCAGAUUAAGGAAUCGAAACGCGCGUUCUUCUACAGCAUAGUAACAGAAGGUGGUGACAAAGAGAAACUUGAAGCUUUCGUUAAUUUCUGCGAAGACGCCAUCUUUGAGAUGACUCACGCAUCAGGACUAAUGGCCGCUUCGGAAGACGCUGCGACUGGACAGAAAAACAGGGAUCCCACUUAUACGUAUUUGGGUGACGAUGAUGAGGAAAGACAAGAUAAGAACCCAUUCCGUCGAGGAUUCCAAGCGGUAAAAGACGGUAUCGCCACAGCAUUUUCGUCCCUAUCCCCCGCCAAUAUAAAGACUAAAAUCGCAGAUCUACAACAGAUGCCACCUGCUGAAUUAGCUGUAGGAUUCUUCAAAAUGUUCUUCUAUAUGUUUUAUUAUAUGGGAUACGGCGUGCUCGUCAUCGUUAGGUACAUAUUCGGAGUGCUCCUCGGUCUAAUGAGAGGGCCGCAGCAGGAUGAGCCUCCACCAGAACCGACGGAGGAAGAGAAAAUCGGUCAGUUGAAGCUAAGGUUGCUCACACAACAGUCAAGUACAUCGAGACAUCUUCCAGCAUUACCACCAGCUGAUGACACUGGACAAAUGCAAGUUUCUGCUUUCGGCCUGGACAUAACUAAAGAGGACAAUGGACAGAUGCAAGUAAAACCGCACGAGUCGCCUAGCACAUCAACGCCAUCUAGCGGCGAAGAGGCGGAAGCUUCUCCCGAUGAAGGGGGAGGCAGUGGAGAAUCAGGGGAGGAGGACCCGCUAGAAGUGGUGCACAUCGAUGAAGAUUUCUUCUACAUGGAACACGUCAUAAAUAUUGCCGCUGUUUUGCACUCUAUCGUAUCGUUAGCUAUCCUCAUUGGUUACUACCAUCUUAAGGUGCCUUUAGCCAUCUUCAAGAGGGAGAAAGAGAUUGCUCGCAGACUAGAAUUCGAUGGGUUGUACAUCGCGGAGCAGCCAGAAGACGAUGAUUUGAAGAGCCAUUGGGACAAACUUGUCAUAUCUGCCAAGUCAUUCCCCGUAAACUACUGGGACAAGUUCAUAAAGAAGAAAGUGAGAGUGAAAUACUCGGAAACUUACGACUUUGACUCGAUAUCGAACAUGCUUGGGAUGGAGAAAACGUCCUUCACCGCACAGGAAGAAGAGGGAAACAAGGGAUUCUUCCAUUACAUUAUAAACAUCGACUGGCGUUACCAAGUGUGGAAAGCAGGAGUGACGUUCACCGAUAACUCGUUCCUUUACUCGCUGUGGUACUUCUGCUUCUCGGUGAUGGGCAAUUUUAACAAUUUCUUCUUCGCCGCUCAUUUGCUCGAUGUCGCUGUUGGUUUUAAGACGCUAAGGACCAUCUUGCAGUCUGUCACGCAUAACGGAAAGCAGCUGGUGUUAACGGUGAUGCUGUUAACAAUCAUCGUGUACAUCUACACGGUGAUCGCGUUCAACUUCUUCCGAAAGUUCUACGUGCAAGAAGAAGACGACGAAGUUAACAGAAACUGUCAUGACAUGUUGACGUGCUUCGUGUUCAACCUGUACAAAGGCGUCCGCGCCGGCGGCGGUAUUGGCGACGAGCUGGAACCGCCAGAUGGAGAUGACUCCGAAGUCUGGAGGAUCAUCUUCGACAUCUCUUUCUUCUUCUUCAUCAUUGUCAUCCUGCUCGCCAUCCUUCAGGGUUUGAUCAUCGACGCGUUCGGUGAACUCCGUGACCAGCUAGAGUCGGUGAAGGAAGACAUGGAGUCCAACUGCUUUAUAUGCGGCAUGGGCAAGGACUACUUCGAUAAGGUUCCACACGGUUUUGACACGCACGUAGCUCGAGAACAUAACUUAGCAAAUUACAUGUUCUUCCUCAUGCAUCUUAUCAACAAACCCGACACGGAGUACACCGGUCAAGAAACGUACGUGUGGAAUAUGUAUACGCAACGAUGCUGGGACUUCUUCCCCGUAGGUGACUGCUUCAGGAAACAAUACGAAGACGUUAUGGGAGAAUAAACAAGUUGUAUAAAGUACAAAUUAUUAUGAGGCUAAGUUUGAAUUAGUUCAGGAAAAGAAAUGAGAAUUGUGAUUGGGCAUUUUUUAUUUUGACUUAUGGAUACAUUAGACGUCGAUUUUUCUAGUAUUUAUUGUGCGUAGUAUAUUUUAUCAUAUUAUUGUAAAGCCAGUUACUUAAAAAAACCAGCACCAACACCGUCAAAAAACCACAACCAGCGCACAAAUACCGCGGUAGACAAAUACCAUGAACUUCCACUCACUUCACUCCAUUGCGCCUCCUGCAAUCACUUCAGUCCUUCAUACGUACGCUUUUUCUUGGUACUUAUAACCUGGGUUUUUAAAGGACAUUCCCAAUCUGAUCGAGAUACACAAGGUUAUUUGUAAAGUACAGCAGGACUAUAUUAUUAAAAUCAUAAACAUCAGAACAUAAUAUUUUUGGCAAAAAUAAACUUAUUACUUUUUAAUCUGACACUUUUUAGGUCUGUAUUUGAUAAUAAGUUAGUGCAUUUUGCAUCAGACGUGUUUAUGCUAAUGCUUUCUUUUGUUACCGCAUAGAAUUAUCGCCGUUUAGAACGAUCUAUUUAAAUAUUUUUUACGCAAGUAAAAUCUGAUACAUUUUUAAAAGUCAUAGAGCAAAAGUAGUUAUUUAUGAUGUUAGUAAUAUAGUUCUGUAAGGUUUAUAAAUAAUCGUAAAUACGUCAAGGUUAGACCUCUCCCCACCUUUCCAUCCACAUUCGCUCUAUAAUAUUAAUUGUGCUGUCAAUAUAUAUUUAUACGUAUGUAUAAUAAAUAACGCACACACUCAACAUAGCCCCGCACUAGGGAAACCCUGUGUCGCGGGUGCCAUGGACACACACAUAGCCAACCACAAAUUACACCCAAACGUAUAUCAAAAUGUAUAUCAAUACAUAUAAGCAUUCAUUUAUAUUAUUAUUAUUAAGAAUCUGUCAGGAUAUCUCGAAAAGGAUUUCGUGGGAACAUGGGUCCAAAACGUAGUGGCCAUAGUCUGUAGUUAAGUCUCUCUUCACAUCAAAAGGGCUGGGCAACAAUGGUCUUCUCUAAAUGGUUAAUUACUCAAGAAUAAUUCAAACUUAGUUUCAUAUAAAUAAAUGUCAUGCAAUUAUAUGUAAUAUUUUAGUUAUUGCUCAAGAGACACCAAAAACAAACAAAAAAUUUUUGAUGUUUAAAAUUAUUGUCAACUUAAAAUUUAC